AUGUCCAUCACCAUCGACAAGAUCCUGGCUGCGGCCCCCGUCACCACUCGGGGCCAGCCAACCCAGCUCUCCUGUGAUGCCAAAGGGGAGCGCAUAGCUUAUGCUUCCGGAAAAUCCAUCUUCCUCCGCUCGAUCGACGAUCCCUCCCAAUGCAAGCAAUACAAUGGCCACACCGCCCAGACCACCGUAGCCCGCUUCGCACCCUCUGGCUUCUACGUCGCAUCCGGUGAUGUUUCCGGCACGGUCCGAGUUUGGGAUGCCGUGGAGGCUGUCAAUACCAAGGGGGAGUACCAUAUCAUCAGCGGGCGCAUCAACGACAUCGGCUGGGACGGUGACUCGCAGAGAAUCAUUGCCGUGGGCGACGGCCGCGAGCGCUUCGGUCACUGCAUCACAGCCGACAGUGGAAACUCCGUCGGCGAGGUCACCGGCCACAGCAAGGUCGUCAAUGCCGUGGCGAUGAGGCAGCAGCGGCCGUUGCGCGCCGCGACCGUCUCGGACGACGGCAGCAUGUGUUUUCUGCACGGUGCGCCGUUCAAGUUCGCGGGCAAAUCGAACGAUCUGCACAAGGGUUUCGUGUACGGAACCGCUUUCAGCCCGGACGGAAAUGUGCUGGUCACAGUGGGUGCGGACCGCAGGAUCCAGCUGUACGACGGCAAGACGGGCGAGCCGACGAAGCAGAUCGGCGAGGGCGUUCACACAGGCAGUAUCUUUGCAGUGAGCUGGGCUAAGGAUUCGAAGCGAUUCGUGACUUCCAGUGCGGACCAGUCUGUUAGGGUGUGGGAUGUUGGAUCUGGUGAGAACGUGCAGACGUGGAAGUUGGGCCAGGAAGGUGCUGUGAAUGUGGGAGAUCAGCAGGUCGGUGUAGCUUGGCCUCGUGAUGACUUGAUCAUCGCCUUGAGCUUGGACGGUGAUCUGAACUACCUGUCAGAGGGCAGUCCAACGCCAACUAAGACUGUCCAGGGCCACAACAAGGGCAUCACAGCGAUUGCCACAGGCUCAGAGGGCAAUGGCAAGGACGUCUAUACAGGCAGUUUUGACGGCCGUGUGUGCCAUUGGAAUGUCGAGAGUGGGGUUGGCGCUGUGAUUGACGGGCAAACACACACCAACCAGGUCACACAAAUUGCAGCUACCUCUGGACAAGCCUUCACUGUCGGUUGGGAUGACACGCUGAGGACUCUCGAUGAGGGUGCGAACACUUUUACUGGCUUAUCAACGAAGCUGGAGGCACAACCCAAAGGUGUCAGUGUAUCAGAAGGUCGCGUCGUCGUCGCCACCGCGUCAGGAAUCGCGGUAUACUCCAAAGACCAACAGGUCGGAGAGCUCAGCACCAGCUACUCACCCACAUCAGUGGCUGCUUCGGGAUCCACACUAGCAGUUGGAGACGGUAACGACAUCCGAAUCUACUCGCUCGACUCGGGCAACAAAAUUUCUGAGGUCCAAGUCGUGAAGAAGUCAGCAGCCCAGAUCUCGAGCUUGGCGUUCUCCAAGGACGGCGGCUACCUUGCGGCGGGUAACUCCCAAGGAAAGAUCUUCGCAUUCAAGACGGCUGACUGGAGCCUGGCAACGGAUCGAUGGUCUGCACACACCGCACGUGUUAUGAGCAUAGCGUGGAACGAUGCUGGUACCCACGCCGCCAGUGGUGCCUUGGAUACACAUGUCUACGUGUGGAGCCUUGCGAAGCCUGCGAGUCGGGUGAAGGCAUUGAACGCGCACAAGGAUGGAGUCAAUGGCGUUAGCUGGGUUGGGGGGUCGUCCAAGCUCGCGAGCACAGGAGGUGAUGCAGCGGUCAAAAUCUGGAACGUGUCCGGGCUGCAAUGA